AUGAGUGGAAAGAAUCUGCCCAAGACCCUCACUGGGGCACAGUCUGUUCGAGGAACUGUAAAAAGGACAAUUGCUUCGCUGAUCAAAGAGGCCAAAUCCCUGAAAGACGUAAAGGGACUCCCCGAGGCUGAAUACUUAGAAUUAGUUGAGCGCUUGCGCUCUACCUUAGAACAUAUUCGAGCUAUUAAUGACCGUGUUAUAGAAUUAUCAAUUAACGAAAUCCCUGCUGGGGAUCCUCAGCGAGAAACUUUGGGAAAUGACAUUGAAGCGAAGGAGGUAGAGUUUUUCGAAAAAAUUGCAGAUGAAGUACGCCCGUUAACACAGGAGCUGAUGGCUGUCGUGCAGAGAAUUCGAGAUGGUAAACCGACAACACCUCCUCCCCCAACUUCCUCUGUUGCUGCUACGACAUCUCGUAUUGCUUCACGCUUGGCGAAACUUAAAUUUCCCACGUUCUCGGGGGACAUACGAGACUACAUGAGGUUUAAAGAACAAUUUUCGUAUUUCACUAAGGAUCUCCCCCCUCCUGAACGCCUGUACCAACUCGUAGAAUCAAUGGAGAGGGUUAGAGAGAAAGUUAAAAUAAAAAACUGUACAAUGCUAUCAGUAGCUUGGUCCAUUCUGGACACUGAGUUUGGCGAUGAGGACCGACUGAUCGAUAUUCUGAUCUCUGACAUAGAGAGAACCGAGUCCUAUCACACCAACAAUCCGGGUGCCAUGUCAAAAUUCGUCGAUAGUCUACAGAGAUUUACGGUUCAUUUCGAUAGUCUUGGGAUGAAAAGCGAUCUCAAUAGUCGAGUAAUUCUCACUCAACUUCGUCAAAAGCUACCAAAGGAACGUCACAUUCUGUUCUUGGAACGAGUUCAGGAUUCAAAAUACGAUAACACGAUUUCUGGGCUACUGAAAUUUCUUCAGGAUCAACUCGUACUCGUCAGGAAAAUCUAUCAGGAUUCAGGAAAAACCGCUAAAUACGAAUUGGGUUCUAAUUCUAUGUCCAAAUCCAGCACCAGUAGAUCUGUGUCGCACGCUACGGUGUCCCCUGGUCCUGGUACUUCAGAGCGCGGUGCCAGUGGUUCAGAUGGCAGUUCCGGUGGUUCAAAUCGUGAAAAAUCGUCUAUAAAAUAUGGAAAUUCUCAGGAAAAGCGUGAUAAACCGAAGUGCCCUCUCCACCCGCAGGCUAGCAACCACUUUAUCAAAGGGUGCAACAAGUUUAGAUCUCUACCUCAGUCAGAGAAAUUCAACGUUCUGAAUUCUAGUGGUAUCUGUCAUAGGUGUGGUCAUGAUGACUGUGUUAGUGGCAAACCCCCGUACAAUCCUGAACAGUGUCAAUACUUCAGGCCUUGUGCUGUGCCUACAUGUGGCCUAGACACUCACUGUUCUUCAAUUUAUCCAAAGGUAUAUGGAACUGAUGGAUAUCGUCAUUUUGAGAUGAAAUAUAACGCAGCUGCUGGAGAGUUCAAACCCGCUGCUACUAUUACCAAGAACGUUGGCACUUCAGUUAUUUCUGCGCCAUGUUUAUCUGAGUCUAGUGUACCUACUUUGCCUACCGUGAUGGCUUAUCUCAAUCAUAACAAUAAGCGAUGCUUAGUGAGAAUCCUUCUGGACUCAGGCAGUCAGCAAUCUAUUUUGCGCGAGGGAAUAGUCCCUAAAACUCCGAGCUGUGUAAUGCAAAACUUCAUGAUCACCGCAGUGGGUGGUGAAACGUCGAAACAAAAACUUCGUGUUCUUGAUUGUAUUCUCGAGAGUCUUGAUAGGAAUAUCAAACGCAAAAUAACUGUUACAGAAAUGAAGACCCCGUGUGGAAACGUACCAGUCAUUCCGAAUUCGAAACUGAAGGGUUACACUCACUUGAGAGAUGUUGAGAUAACCGAACCUCCAAUCCCAGUGAUCGAUCUCUUACUUGGGGUUGACAACGCGGACCUCAUCACCUCUGACAGGAAAAUAUCGGGUGAUAGUAAAAAUCACCCCAUUGCUGGACGUUGUCCUCUCGGCUGGUUCAUCCAGGGCGGGCCUGGUUCAAACUCCGUUUCAGUCAAUCACGCUCAGCUCAUGGCUACCAGUGACAUUGAACAAUUUCUUGGAAUCGUGACUUCAGUCUUGGAGCCAAAGCCUUGCAAAUGUGCUUUAGAUGUUGAAAACCGUCUUGCCACAGAGAAGAUGGAGAGAAGUUUGAGACAAACUGAGGAUGGUGCAUACGAAAUCAGCUUGCCAUGGAAAAAGUCUCCAGAAAAUCUGCCAAAUAACUAUGACUAUGCUAUGAAACGUUUGGUAAACUUAGAGAAGCAAUUCAAAAAUAAACCCCAAGAAUGGGAAUUGUACUGCUGA